AUGUCGAACAAGGAAACGACGAAGGAAACAACGAAAGGUUUUGCGAAGUUGGACAAGUUUGCUGGCCAGGAUUUCAGACGCUGGCAGAAGAAGAUGCAUUUCAUGUUAACGGAUCUGAAGGUCGUGUACGUUCUGAGUACUCCCAUGCCUGAGGCUGUUGAUAAUGAAACUCUGGAACAGACGAGAAGGCAGAUGAAAUGGGAGAACGAUGACUACAUAUGUCGUGGUCACAUUUUAAACGGUAUGUCUGAUUCCCUUUUUGAUGUGUAUCAAAACGUAGAGUUUGCUAAAGAGUUGUGGGGUUCCCUCGAAGCCAAAUAUAUGGCAGAAGAUGCCUCUAGCAAGAAAUUUCUUGUUGGAAAUUUUAUUAACUAUAAAAUGGUGGAUUCGAGGCCUGUCUUGGAACAAUACAACGAAUUGUUGAGGAUAUUGGGACAGUUUUCCCAAUAUGAUAUGAAAAUGUAUGAAUCCAUUUCUGUUUCUAGCAUUAUCGAUAAACUGUCACCCUCCUGA